ACCUUUCUUGAAAGCAAAUGCCACUGGCUGAUGAUGUUACCAGCUGACAACUUCUCUGGCACUCAGGACUGGAGCUUGGUCCCAAGCCACAAAACGCCAGGGUGGAGUGGUUCAUUUGCUUAAAAUCCAUCCAAGGCACUACAGUAUGAAUUCUACAGGCUAUUUGCUGCUGGAUCUCUGGCUGCAGUUGGUACAUGCUGAUGAUCAAGUCACUGGAGACCUUUCCUCUUAAAAAAAGAUAAUGUUUGUCCGAGGUGUAUCCCUAGUCUUUCCUGUCUGGAUUGCCUUCUUGUUCCAAGAGACCCUCUGCCUUUGUGAUCGCCCCAGCUGGGUUAGAGUUGGAUGGGAAAUUCUUCCAGAGGAUCUGGAGCAACUGCAACUUGGAACUGCACUUCAAUCUAACUGCCUGCCCUACCCUCUGGACCAACUGUCUCACUGCUUUACUUACCUGGAAAUAGCCAAAGGAUGGUUGGAGGUUUUGUAUACCAGCUGCAAAAUUAUACUUUUCCUCCUAGGGGGCUUAUGUGUAUGCGGUCUUUGGAGCAAAUUGAGAAGACCGCAGAAGAAGGUGUCCGUGAAGACCCCUUCUGUUUCUGUCACGACAGAAUGUCAUGCUGAGUGCACCUGCAACGUGGACAAAAUGCUCUGCAGGCUGGUGGCAAACACGUCUGUCAUGAUGAAAUGCCUGAAGUAUGUAUGCCACCAUCAUAGGAAAGAAGCCAGGCACCGGAAGUUAAGUAAGAAGAGGAAGGAAGAAGAAAUUAAGGAUGAAGAGAUCUUCCCUAUUUGUCUGUACAGCCACUACUCCAGCACGGAUACCGUGAUGCAGGAAGUAUAAGGGAAAGGCCUCCUUCUUGGACAACAAUCAUAUUUUUGUGCUCUGAUAAUUGUUUUUCCAUAUUCUUUGCUAAGAUGUUGCGAAGGCAGGAGAGUGGGGAGGUCAAGGACAGAGCCAAUCCGAAGUCAAUGUCUGUUUGUUUGAACGUUUAUCUAAUGAUGACAGUUUGAGAAUUGAAUAUUGUCGAUGUUCCUGUGGACAAGGUGGGGAAGGAGGAGGGGAGAAAGAGGGACUGUUAAAAAAAAAUCUUUCAGAAGCGUGGUGACGGCACUUUGAAUUUGGAACGUCAGCAAAUUACAUUGUACUAGGCAGAAAGAAGCCCCAGUUCUCUCCUGUGAUCCAGCUGCUUUGAGCCACUCCCUCAAUGCAAGGCAGCUGGAAAGCUGCCUUAUUGCAGAUAGCUGGGAACUCCUCUAGCCAAAGGUGAAUCCCCAUAUGGCAUAGAACCAGAAUAAGUGCUGUACAUCAGCUCCUCCAGCACAGUGGGCAUGGCCAAGGAACGGGGGGCAUGACUGGAGAGCCACUGUAUCCAGCAACCCCUGGCUGCUAGAAUGGCCCCUUAGGGCUUUAGCUGCUGGGUCACACCAGGGGCCAAACUGCUCCCUGACCACUCUGCGUGUCAGGGAGCUGCAUGGACAGGGUAAAGCAGCUUUGUCCCUUUUCCUCUGGUCCUGCACUGAGCAUUGCUUGGCAGGACCAGAGAACCUCAGCCUGAUGCUUUACAUUUCUGCUAUCCAGGACUUUCCUUAGGGCAUGGGCACCAAGGGUCCACCCACAGAGUUACUGGUGCAGCUCUCACCUUAGCAGCUGCAUUUGUUGUUGGAUCAAUCACCUUACAGGUCAGGCCUAGAGUAGUAUUUAAAAUUCACGUGACUUACAGACAUGGGGGUCAGAUCUUCAGCUGGUGUAAAUCAGCAUAGUUUCAUUCACUCCAAAGGAGCUCUGAUGGACUUUCACCAGCUGAGGCUCUAACCCAUGGUGAUCACAACCGCCUCUGUGUAGCUGGGCAUUACCAGUCUCACCUGCCCAGUCCAGGAAUUCG